UUUGCACUCUCUCUCUCUCUUUCCCUCCCUCUUCCUCUCUCUCUCCCUCUAUAUCUUCUCCCUUCUUCCCCCUCUCUGUUUUAAGCGGAACAGGCCCUGCUGCUGCUCUCGUACAGAACUCUGCUGUCCCCCACACGGUUAGGAGCCCACACGUCAACAUGGAGGCCAUCAAGAAGAAGAUGCAGAUGCUGAAGCUGGACAAGGAGAACGCCAUCGACCGCGCGGAGCAGGCCGAGUCCGACAAGAAGGCUGCAGAGGACAAGAGCAAGCAGCUGGAGGAGGAGCUCAACACGUUGAAUAAGAAGCUGAAGGGGACGGAGGAUGAGCUGGACAAGUACUCCGAGUCCCUGAAGGACGCGCAGGAGAAGCUGGAGCUCUCUGAGAAGACCGCCACCGACGCAGAGUUGGACGUAGCCGGGCUGAACCGCAGGAUCCAGCUGGUGGAGGAGGAGCUGGACCGGGCCCAGGAGAGGCUCGCCACCGCCCUGCAGAAACUGGAGGAGGCCGAGAAAGCUGCUGACGAGAGCGAGAGGGGUAUGAAGGUAAUAGAGAACAGGGCGAUGAAGGAUGAGGAGAAGAUGGAAAUCCAGGAGCUGCAGCUGAAGGAGGCCAAGAACAUCGCCGAGGACGCCGACCGCAAAUACGAGGAGGUGGGACGUAAGCAGGUGAUUCUGGAAGGGGAGCUGGAGAGGGCUGAGGAGAGAGCAGAGGUCUCAGAGCUGAAGUGCAGUGACCUGGAGGAGGAGCUGAAGAAUGUCACGAACAACCUCAAGUCCCUUGAAGCGCAGUCAGAGAAGUACUCCGAGAAAGAGGACAAGUAUGAGGAGGAGCUCAAAGUCCUCAGUGACAAGCUGAAAGAGGCAGAGACCAGGGCAGAGUUUGCGGAGAGGACAGUCGCUAAACUGGAAAAGAGCAUCGAUGAUCUGGAAGAUGAACUGUACGCUCAGAAGCUGAAGUACAAGGCCAUCAGCGAGGAGCUGGACCACGCCCUCAACGACAUGACCUCUUUGUAGAUGACCUUUCACCCUUCACCCCUGAUCUCUGCUCAGGAGGAG